AAAUAAAACAUGUAUCUCCAAGAAUAAUAAUAGCAUAUAAUACUUCGAUUAAGAACAAAUUAGUCUACAGAAGCAGUCAAACAUCUCUGUUAGUAUUUAUCUUAGCAAUGGAGCAAGUUCUGCAGCAUGUGGCCCAGACAGUGGAGAAGCAGCUGGACAGUGAGCUGGAGAAACUUGAUGCAAUGGACAGCAAUGAUCUAGAGGCGAUCCGGAGACAGCGCAUUGAGGAGAUGAAGAAGAGAGCCAAGUUGAAGCAGGAAUGGCUCGCUAAUGGUCAUGGAGAAUAUACAGAGAUAGACGGUGAGAAGGAGUUCUUUGGUGUUUGCAACAAGAGUGAGAAUGUGGUCUGCCACUUCUACCGCUCGGACACGCCGCGCUGCCGCAUCGUGGACAUGCACCUGCAGGCCCUCGCCAAGAAACAUGUCGAGACGAGGUUCAUCAAGCUGGAUGUGGAACGAGCACCGUUCCUUACAAGUCGUCUCAAGAUCCGUGUGCUGCCCACCAUAGGGCUGGUGAAGGAUAAGAAGACCAAAGACUUCAUUGUGGGCUUCACUGACCUCGGCAAUUGUGAUGAUUUUACAACUGAAGUACUGGAGUGGAGGAUAGCCAGGGCAGAUGUAAUUGAGUACUCUGGUGACUUGUUGGUGCCGCCGGCGGAGGCGCGACGUCAGCGCGCUCUCACUGUACACUCCAAGAUGACCAUACGAGAUAAACAAGACAGUGACUCGGAUCUAGAUUUCAGCGAUUGAUCAAUUAUUAUUAUAUUCCAUUUUAUAAUACGCUUACAAAUUAUUGUGAAAAACUACUAAAUUGGUAGUUUUUUUUUUAAUGGCAACCUUAGUCAUUCUAUAAGGAAAUAUGUGCCUUUUUUUGUUGAUACUCUUUUGAUUUUAUAAUUUAAUUUAUGCAAAACCACGUAUGAAAAUGGUUUUGUAUAUGCACUUGCUUUUGUCCGCGACUCCGUCCGCGCGGAAUUAAAAAAAAAUUAGUAGACUAAGAUUUCUUCCAUACUAUGCAAACUAUGUCUAUCCAAACUUUCGGGUAUAUAAUAUUAGUAAAAUUUUUAAGUUUAUUCAGUGAAUUAUUUAUAACAUAGU